AUUGGAAACAAAUUGUGGAUCCAGCAUUAGUUGAGUUUCUGCCGUGUUGCGAAGCAGACGUAUUUUUUAACUCAAAAAGUCACUUCAGUUUUCUGUUCGACUAUAGAGUAUAAUUUUUAAACUCUACACUAUCUAUAAAGCUAAAAUUGUACAAAAAAAAAAAAUUAAACAUGCCAGAUACAAAAGCAAAUUCGAUUGCCGUCAACUUGGACGAAAUCAAUGCAAUGCCUUUGAAGAAUUUUGUGCGCCCAGAUAAACCUUCUGCGUGUACAUGGCAUACAAAGGCUCGCGAAGAUGCUGCUUUGAUGAAAACUAAUCCUCAUAGUGUACGUUCCUUCGUUAAGGAAAAACCAAAAAUACUUCCGGAUAUCUUACAUGCUAUUGGAUCGACACCCUUGGUCAAAUUGAACCGCAUACCACAGUCAAUGGGUAUCGAGUGUGAUAUGUAUGUGAAAUGCGAGUUCUUGAGUCCCGGCGGCUCCGUCAAAGAUCGCAUUGGUUAUCGCAUGAUUCUUGACGCAGAGGAAAAGGGACUUUUAAAGCCCGGAUAUACCAUUAUUGAGCCGACUUCAGGAAACACUGGCAUCGGACUAGCAAUGGCUUCAGCUGUCAAGGGUUACCGAUGUAUCAUUGUUAUGCCAUUAAAAAUGUCCGAUGAGAAGGUUGGAACUUUGACUGCUUUAGGUGCAGAAAUCAUCCGAACUCCAACGGAAGCAGCGUUCGACGACGAAGCCGGUCUCAUUGCAGUGGCUCAAAAAAUUCAAAAAACUAUUCCAAACUCGGUUAUUCUUAAUCAGUACACGAAUGCGGGAAAUCCAUUGGCGCAUUACGAUACAACAGGAUCCGAGAUUUUGUGGGCGCUCGACAAUCAAAUAGACAUGGCAGUUUUGGGCGCAGGAACUGGUGGAACGGUAUCUGGCAUUGCUCGUCGUAUCAAAGAAGUAGUGCCUUCGUGUGAGAUUGUAGGUGUCGAUCCCGAGGGCUCAAUUUUGGCACAGCCAGAAGAGUUAAACAACACUUCGACCACCUUUUAUGAGGUAGAAGGAAUCGGUUAUGAUUUCAUCCCGACUGUGUUGGAUCGCAGCGUUGUCGAUACCUGGAUAAAGGUAACUGAUAAAGAUGCCAUUCCGAUGGCAAGACGACUAAUUAAGGAAGAGGGACUCUUGUGCGGAGGAAGUAGUGGAGGGGCAAUGGCUUGCGCCCUGAAAGCCGCCAAAAAGUUGAAGAAAGGUCAAAAAUGCGUAGUUCUUCUUCCAGAUAACAUUCGCAACUACAUGACAAAAUUCGUGCAGGACACUUGGAUGGAGAUUCGCAAUCUUAAAGACCCCGAAAAUGUAGCUGGCUUCCCCUGGUGGGACACGAAACUCGGAAACUCUCUUGACUUGGUCAAAAGAAACACAGUCAACGUUAAUAUGACAUGUCAAGAAGUUGCCAACUAUCUAAAAGAUAAUGAUUUGUAUUGUGCCAUGGUUUUGGACGCAAGCAACAAGCCGUUUGGAUACGUUACGUCUGCACAUUUAUUGGCGGCACUCGUAAAUGGUAAACUUACGUUGAAACAAGCCAUUAAAAAGGACGCAUUCUUCCAUCAAUUGACGAAAGCUCGAUAUGACACAUCCCUUGGACGCAUCUCUCGUGCUCUCCAGAAGGAGCAAUUCCUGGCCGUUGUAAAGAAAAACGAAGACGGAACAGAAUCAUUCGAUGGUUUCAUAUUGCAAAGAGACAUGUUGGCAUUCGUUGUGAAAAAUCCGCAUGCAUAAACAAAAUGAUUUUGGUUUUAAUUUGACUAAUUUUCUUUUUAACACAUACAGAUACUGUGUCAUGUGAAAAUAUUGUUCAUUUUUUAUCCCCAAUUUUUUAUAAAUAAAUUUUCGAUUGGAAAAAUACAA